CUCCCGCCCCUCCGCCCUCCCCUGGGAGGCCCGGGGCCAGCCCGUCGCGGUGGCGGGGCCCGGCCCAGCCCCACGUGAGGCGGCCCCGCCGCCCGGAGUCACGGGGCGGGCGGCCGGGCCGCUGCUAUGGAGCUGCCUGCUGUCAGCCUCAAGGCCAUCAUUCUGGUACACUGGCUGCUCACAAUGUGGGGGUGCAUGAAUUACUUCUUUCCAGCUUCCUAUGCCUGGGGAAACUUCAGUGUACUUGCAGUGGGGAUCUGGGCCAUUGUGCAGCGAGAUUCCCUUGAUGCCAUCGUGAUGUUCCUGACUGGCUUGCUGCUCACAGUCCUCACAGACAUCAUUCACAUCAGUGUCUUCUACCCGCAAAAGAACUAUCUCACGGACUUGAGGCGUUUCAGUGUAGGCAUGGCCAUCCUCAGCCUCCUUCUCAAACCUGUGUCCUGCUAUUUUGUGUAUCAAAUGUACCGGGAGCGUGGAGGAGAGUACACCUUUAACAUAGACCUGGAGUCCUCGUCUGACAGCCAUUUUGCCCGCAAUGGCCUCGUCCGUGCAGGCCAGGAUCGUAGCAGCUAUGAGCCAAUCGAUCAUCAGGAUGCCUCUCCGCAAUGGCCUGACGCAAGCAAGUCAGCCCAGAACCCGUACUGAGGAACGGCGAACAGAUGCCUCCCUCGCCCAGUCCAGCCUUACAGUCCUUCCAUGUCUGUUCUGAUGGAGCAAGAUCUGCUACUGAGCAAACAGGAGAAGUUCUGAUUUUACUUUCUUCUGCCUCCCUGAAGGUUAGGCAGACGGGUUUCUGCAGUAAAUCCAGAAGAUCUCAGAGAUGCCAUGCUAAGUGCUGUGACUUUGUAAUCGCAAUACACUCUCCUUCCUCCCUCCCUCCCCCUAAAUCUCAUUCUGUCUGUGUGAGUGGAAGCACCUUCUGCAUCUACCAUGUCUUGUACUGUGCGUGCUCUUUACUGUAAGUAAGGGAAUCACUCAAAAUAUUCCUGGACAAGCUGACUUUAAAAGACUCAUGGUCUGCUUUCAAACAAUACAGGAGUUUAGCCUGCUUUUAUGUAGAUACACCUCCAGGAAACAUUGGAGUUCUGGAGGACUGGUUUUGAUCAUAUAAUUUAACUAAGAUUUAUGAUGAGAAAUCCCCAUGCUAGCUACAGUGGUUUGCAUGCAGGUGAGGUUGGUAUAAAAUGCUCUUACUGGGCCAGGGAGCUGCUUGUGCUUCCAGUAUCUAACCUUGGGUUUUAUUCACUGUUGCUUAUAUGCAAGUUGAAUGUCUUUCUGGAUGUCAGGAUGUCCUUAAAAUGACUGUUAAAUGUAGGUUGCAGAUACUGUGCCUUGGAAUGUCCUUUUGCUUUCAGGUGCCUGUCUUAACAGAACUUGAAAUGUUACAUUUUUCUAAGAAAACUAUAAAAUCAACACAGUUCUUCUGUGUUAAAAAAAAAAAUCACUGGUCACCUAUGUCUCAUUUGAAAAUGUAGGUAUUCCUGAUGGGUCGUGACUAUAGUCAGGGAGUCUGGGAGAGUCAUUACUGGAGGAGGUCUGCAGGACUUCAAUGGGCUUUAGUCUAAGCCUUACUCAGAAAAGUAGAGGGUACUGCACAGCAGAGCAUGGGCAAUGAAGGUGGGCUAGUAAGUUAAGAUCGGGAAAUGAAAAGUCAGUUUGCGCGGCUUUUUACACUGCAGUGAUGAACUCCUUGGGGUGUUACAAACUUCAAAUUCCGAUUUUACCCACAAUAAAUGUGCCCUGCUGUGGCUUUCAGUGUAAAGUCCUAAAAAGAAAAAGGUGUCCAAGAGGUUUCCUUGGAAGAAAAAGAGCAUGUGAACAUUGGCAAAGUGAAAAUACUAGUGCUGGGAAGAUCUGUGUUUUUCUGAAGCAGGUUCACUUUUGAAUAAUACAUCUGUAUUCUACAAUUGCAUUUCUCUGACAAGACCUGCUGCUGCAUUGACUCUUCAGUGACCACAAGUCCCUGUUAAGUUUGCUCUGAGCUCUAGAACCAUAUUUGUUAAAUAUGGUUAAAAACAAGCAGUUUUCUCCCCCACUGAGUUUUAUCACUUUAAACAUCAACAGAUGUUUCAUCCACUAUGCUACACAAGUAGUGCAGUGAUCUGUUGCUCUGCUGUUGUUCCUGAACCAUCAUUUAUGCUUGGACCAAGCACAUGUUAAAUGCCAUAAAACUGCAAUAGUCCGAUUUA